AUGUCGAACCCUACGCCAGCCCAGGAAGAAUUCAACGCUCUGCUAGCAGCAAACUCCCGUGACACCAGCAACGUACAUCCCGAAGACCGAGACCACGACCGUCGCGAACAAGACAGCCUUGACCUCGACGAGGAAGAGAGAUAUCGCAACUCCCAAAUCGACGCCGCCAUGCGUAUGCCAUCUCUUGGUCAGACCGGCUCCGACCUGAAGCUGCCUCCGGCUAGCUUCGAUGCCGGUCGAACCACCGGUGUCAAGGGCGUCAUCGCCGAUGCUCGCAACUACGAGAACGCUCGUAAGACUUCGUUCAUGAGCCGCGCGCGCACCACAGUAAGGCGCUCCAUCUUCGGCCUCGACAACAUCAACUCCCAGCCGCCACCGUCAAACAAGAGCGAAAGCGAGACCGACGAGGGCAACGGCAGCGACUCUGAUGACAGCUUCAUGCAGCAAUGGCGCGAGAGCCGCCGAAGAGAACUCGAGAGCGACUCGAACAAGGUCAUCCGGAACCGGAGAACAAGUCCUAGUGUGCGAAUUUACGGACGUCUGGAUGAGGUGGAUGCCUUGGGCUACCUCGAUGCCAUUGAGAAGGUUGCGCGGGACACUUUUGUUGUCGUCUUCGUCUAUGACCCAGAGUGUGACGUUUCUGCAACAAUAGAGCAUGCCAUGAUGCCUCUUGUGUCGCAGCACUCAACAAUACACUUUGUCAAGGUACACUAUCUUGACAUUGAGUUCGACAACGCCGCCGUGCCUGCCAUUUUGGCGUAUCGCAAUCAGGGUGACAUGAUCGCCAACCUCACAGGCAUCAUUGAAAUGAUCCCCGAUGACGAGAUGUUUGGUACCGACACGCUGGCACGGCUUUUCCAGAAGCACGACAUCCUAUGA